UUACAACUUACAACAAUUCCAGUGUUUAGUGAAGAAGAAGAGGAGGAUAGAGAGAGAGAGGAAAUGGCACCCGGCACACCGUUCCUUCCGACCAUCACCGACGAGAAGAUACUACGACCGAACUUUGUUCGUGAUGAGGAUGAGCGACCAAAGGUGGCAUACAAUCAAUUCAGCAAUGAUAUCCCCGUGAUAUCAUUGGCGGGCAUCGAUGAUGAGGAAGGUGUAGGUGGUGAGAAAAGAAGUGAGAUUUGCCACAAGAUUGUGGCGGCAUGCGAGGAUUGGGGCAUAUUUCAGGUAGUGGAUCAUGGUGUCGAUACAGAGUUGGUAUCGGAGAUGACUAGGCUUGCAAAGGAGUUCUUCGUGCUGCCACCGGAGGAGAAGCUUCGGUUCGACAUGUCGGGGGGGAAGAAGGGUGGAUUCAUAGUAUCCAGCCAUCUUCAGGGCGAAGCAGUGCAAGACUGGAGAGAGAUUGUGACAUUCUUCUCAUACCCGAUCGGAGCUCGGGACUACUCGAGGUGGCCGGACAAGCCGGAGGGGUGGAGAUCGGUCGCCGAAUCAUACAGCGAGAAGCUGAUGGGCUUAGCAUGCAAGCUUCUGGGAGUGUUGUCUGAGGCCAUGGGACUUGAGAAGGAGGCGCUGACCAAGGCCUGUGUGGACAUGGACCAAAAGAUGGUGGUUAAUUUCUAUCCCAAAUGCCCCCAGCCAGAUCUCACCCUUGGCCUCAAGAGGCACACAGACCCGGGCACUAUUACGCUCCUAUACCAGGACCAAGUAGGUGGCCUUCAGGCUACAAAGGAUGGGGGCAAGACAUGGAUCACCGUUCAGCCAGUGGAAGGUGCUUUUGUGGUGAACCUUGGGGACCAUGGUCAUUAUCUGAGCAAUGGACGGUUCAAGAAUGCCGACCAUCAGGCGGUGGUGAACUCGAACUAUGAACGGCUGUCGAUCGCAACGUUCCAGAACCCAGCACCUGAGGCUAUUGUAUACCCACUGGCGAUCAGAGAGGGAGAGAAGCCUGUUUUAGAUGAGCCCAUCACGUUCGCCAAGAUGUACCGAAGGAAGAUGAGCAAGGAUCUGGAACUUGCCCAGCUUAAGAAGAUGGCCAAGACGGAGCAGGAGGUGCUCAAGAAGGCCAGGGAGGUCGCAGCCCAGCACAAAGCUCUCAAUGAAAUCCUAGCUUAAUGCAAACACUUUAUCUCUCUUUUAUAUUAUGUGGAGUGUUGUAAUAAUUUUCUAGUUUCAUGGACUACAAGUUUCAAGCAUGCAGGGGAAGUCAUGUGAUGAACCAAAAUUUGAACUAAUUGUAAUUCCUCUUGUUGUGGCAAAUCGGCUGUUGCUGUUUGUAGCCUUUUGUCAUUUGCAAUAACAUAUCUAAAUAAAAAAUUUUCAUGGUAGUUGGCUUUUAUCUGA